AAUUUGUCAACAUCAUGAUUGGACGCUUAUUUCGCGCCCAUGGCGAAUUUUGUGCCUCCCAUCCAUGGGAGGUCAUUGUAGCAUUGCUAACAGUGACCGCCUGUAUGCUGACCGUGGAUAAACAGCAAUAUUUUACCGGUGCCUCAGCGACGACAGCUGAUGGUGGUGGCGGGAGUGGGAGCGGUUUACCUAGCAGCUCCUCAUCAUCAGGCCGUUACCGACCACCCUGCCACGGUUGGACACAAUCCUGUGAUGGCCUAGAGGCUGAAUAUAAUGCGGCCGAUGUCAUUGUCAUGACAAUUGUACGCUGUGCCGCUGUCCUCUAUUGUUAUUAUCAAUUUUGCAGUCUACACAAAUUGGGUUCCAAAUAUAUACUGGGUAUUGCCGGUCUAUUUACCGUCUUCUCCAGUUUUAUAUUUACCACGACAAUAAUCAAGUUCCUAGGCAGUGACAUUACAGACUUAAAAGAUGCAUUAUUUUUCCUAUUACUCUUGAUUGAUCUCUCAAAUUCGGGUACUUUGGCACAACUAGCUCUGGCUGGUACCAAUCAAGCUGAAGUAACACAUAAUAUAGCACGUGGUCUGGAACUAUUGGGUCCAGCAAUAUCUCUCGAUACAAUUGUUGAAACCUUGGUGAUAGGUGUUGGUACUCUAUCCGGUGUACAGCGACUUGAAGUGCUGUGUACAUUUGCCGUUAUGUCCGUCAUUGUCAAUUAUGUUGUGUUUAUGACAUUCUAUCCAGCAUGUCUGUCGCUGAUAUUAGAUUUAUCUCGUAGCGGUAUGGAUAUGUCGAUGGUAAGGGCAAGAGCACGUGAUUCGAUUCUAUUGAAAGCCCUGAAUGAAGAAGAACAGAAGGCAAAUCCCGUUGUGCAACGUGUGAAAAUUAUUAUGACCACUGGACUUAUGAUUGUCCACAUCUAUAGUCGUAUGGUCUUCUCGAAUGGUGAAUAUGAUAGUGUCGAUAAAACUUUAACACCUCAACUCAACAUGAAUGUCAACAAUAAUCGCACCGAAUCGGGAGAAUUGAGUGAUUUAAUAAUUAAAUGGCUGACUAUGAGUGCCGAUCAAAUUGUGAUACUUAUACUACUCAUAGCUUUGGUAAUUAAAUUUAUAUUUUUCGAAAAUCGUGAAGAUUUGCAUGAUCAAAUACGCCAAUCGACUGUUACAAUUGCUGCCAAAUCGUCCCAGACUCAGCCGCAACUACUUGAAGCACCCGCAACAAAUAGCACAUCAGACGUGGCAACACUUGAGAAGGCAGAAAAUAAUCACAGCGCCAGCAAUGCUUUGGUGGUGUGUCGGGAUGAAACCACAACAAAUAAAAACAAUUCAACAACAACAAUUGUACCAACAUCCCGACCACGCAUUCCCCUAUUUACCAUUGAAGAACAGAACACAGCAAAUGCCUCUACACAAACGGAAUAUAAUUUAAGUUUGAUCGAUACAAGUGAUGGUGCUGGUGCAAUGUUGUUACCAUUGAGCGAAUGCAAUCAGUUGUCAAAAAUGCGUUCACCACGUUCUCUCGAAGAAUGUCUGGAAAUUUUAAAUUCCAGCGAAGAUGGUAUGUCUGGAGCAGCCAAUUUAACCGAUGAAGAAAUCAUUAACAUUGUCAAUGCUGGUGGUCAAUAUUGUCCUUUGCACAAAAUCGAAACAAUUAUUGAUGAUCCCGAACGGGGUGUUAAAAUACGUCGUCAAAUUAUUAGUGGCCGUGCCAAUCUGUCUGCCGAACGCCUUGAAUGUCUUCCAUAUAAACACUUUGAUUACAAACGUGUUAUGAACGCCUGCUGUGAAAAUGUCUUAGGUUAUGUACCCAUACCCGUAGGUUAUGCCGGUCCCCUGCUCUUAGAUGGGGCCAAAUAUUUUGUACCCAUGGCCACGACAGAAGGUGCUCUGGUGGCCUCCACAAAUCGUGGUUGUAAAGCUUUAUCGGUACGCGGUGUCACCUCGUAUGUCGAAGAUGUGGGCAUGACUCGUGCCCCCUGUGUUCGCUUCGCAAGUGUUACUCGGGCUGCCGAAGCCAAACGUUGGAUAUCCGAUGAACAAAAUUAUCAACGUAUUAAAGCGGAAUUUGAUUCCACGUCACGUUUUGGUCGUCUCAAGGAGUGUCACAUUGCCAUGGAUGGUCCCCAGCUGUAUAUACGUUUUGUCGCCCUCACCGGUGAUGCUAUGGGCAUGAAUAUGGUUUCGAAGGGUGCUGAAAUGGCAUUGAAAUGUAUUAAACGUGAAUUCCCCGAUAUGCAAAUUAUUUCCUUAAGUGGUAACUUCUGUUGUGAUAAGAAACCGGCCGCCAUUAAUUGGAUCAAGGGUAGAGGAAAACGAGUUGUGGCGGAAUGUAUUAUCCCAGCGGCCACAUUGCGUAGUGUCUUAAAAACUGAUGCCAAAACAUUGGUUGAAUGUAAUAAAUUGAAGAAUAUGGGUGGUAGUGCUAUGGCUGGCAGUAUUGGAGGUAAUAACGCCCAUGCCGCCAAUAUGGUAACAGCUGUCUUCUUGGCAACCGGACAAGAUCCAGCACAAAAUGUUACCUCGAGCAAUUGUUCGACGGGCAUGGAAUGUUGCGGUGAAAAUGGUGAUGAUUUGUAUAUGACAUGUACAAUGCCCUCACUGGAGGUGGGUACUGUUGGCGGUGGUACUGGUUUGCCUGGACAAAGUGCCUGUUUAGAAAUGUUGGGUGUACGCGGUGCAAAUAAUGCCCAGCCCGGUGAAAAUGCCAAGAAAUUGGCACAAAUUGUUUGUGCCACCGUAAUGGCCGGUGAAUUAAGUCUUAUGGCCGCUUUGGUCAAUAGUGAUCUAGUCAAAAGUCAUAUGAGACAUAAUAGAUCCUCAAUAGCUGUAAGCGGUAAAGCCACAAAUCCCUUAAACGUUACAGUAUCCAGUUGUAGUAAAAUAAGCUAAAAUUUGUUAAU